AUAUGUCCGAUUCUCUGUUUUGGUCGAAUAUCUCUGGUAGAUUUGUCUCAAGUUUGCAUUUUUGGCGACAUUGAUUAAGGACGCCUAGAAUAAAUAUGUUUAGUUGGUACGUGCGUGCGUGCGUGGUGCGUGCGUAUGUUUGUGUUAUGUGACUUGGAUUUGCUUAUGGAGGGAACUACUUAUUAUCCGCAAUUUCUGAAGUUCUUGAGAUUUACUUGUGGGGAUCGUGUGCUCUUUGAUAGUAAUGAUACUACAUAAUAUGCUGUUAUAAAUGAAAUGAAAUGAUUUUGAUAUACUUUUGAUCUUUAGUGUCAUAAAUAGGGGUUACAUCGUUUCACGUCAGUGUUGUCAGAAGAAACUGAAACACUUUACCUGUUGCGGCUAAGUUUUCUUGAAGUUAUUGCAUUUAAUAGUUAUAAUCAUGCAGCGUCGUGGUGGGAAAAGGAUACGUAUGGAUGACCCUCCUCCCCCAGAAUAUGAAUCUCCAAUGACCCCUAUGACACCUAUGGAUGGAAGUGGUUCAGAAGUUCAAGAGCCAUACAACACACCUUAUACACCAUAUAGUAAUCAGCCAGCCACACCUCUUCACAGCGGUCAAUUUCAAAACACUCAAUUUGAGCAGUCUCAGCAGCAGCAACAUCUGUAUGAACAACAGCAGUUUGAUAUACAACAGCAACAGUCUGUGUCUGGUUUUGAUCAAGCUGUUCAAUAUGAACAACCUGCCACCCCUGCAAAUUUAAGGACCCGAGUAACACGUUCUCGGGCUCGAGGUGCAGCGGCAGCUGCUGCAGCUGCCAAUGCAUCAACUACUUCGGCCUCUUCUCCUGUGGCCCAAACUACCCAGCAAAGGCCACAAAGAGUUAUGACAAUUGAAGAACCCAAAAAGCGGCGACCAGGGCGUAAACCGCUUUCUGAACUUGUCGCUGAAGAUGAGAGUUGUUUAUACUUCAUUAUUCGACAAGGCAAAGCUUCUCUACAGACUGUUGUUGAUGAUUGGAUUGAAAGUUACAAAGUAAAUAGAGAUGCAGCUCUCCUCUCUCUGAUGCAAUUUUUUAUAAAUGCUUCUGGAUGUAAAGGAAAAAUAACUCCUACUAUGCAAGCCUCAAUGGAACAUGCAGCAAUUAUUAGAAAAAUGACUGAAGAAUUUGAUGAGGAAAGUGGUGAAUACCCUCUAAUUAUGACUGGCCAGACAUGGAAGAAAUUUCGUAAUAACUUUUGUGAGUUUGUUCAGAUACUUGUGAAACAGUGUCAGUAUUCUAUUAUAUAUGAUCAGUAUCUAAUGGACAAUGUAAUAUCAUUGUUGACUGGGUUAUCGGAUUCACAAGUACCAAUGAAACUAAUGACUGCAUUAGUGGAUGUGGCAUUGACUGUGUCCAUUAACUUGGAUAACACUCAGCGUCAGUAUGAGGCAGAGAGACAAAAAGCCAGAGACAAACGAGCUAGUGAUCGACUGGAAGCAUUAAUGACCAAGCGACAAGAAUUGGAAGAAAAUAUGGAUGAAAUAAAAAACAUGUUGACAUAUAUGUUCAAAUCAGUAUUUGUGCACAGAUACCGAGAUACUUUACCCGAAAUCAGAGCCAUAUGUAUGGCAGAAAUAGGGGUGUGGAUGAAGAAGUUUCAUCAAAACUUUCUUGAUGAUUCAUAUCUUAAAUACAUUGGUUGGACAUUGCAUGAUAAGGUUGGAGAAGUUCGAUUAAAGUGUUUACAGGCUUUGCAACCCUUAUAUGCAUCUGAAGAAUUGAAGGGAAAGCUAGAGUUGUUUACCAGCAAAUUCAAAGAUCGUAUUGUUGCUAUGACUCUGGAUAAAGAAUAUGAUGUUGCUGUACAAGCUGUUCGAUUAGUCAUCAGUAUUUUGAAGCAUCACCGUGAAAUAUUAACGGAUAAGGACUGUGAGCAUGUGUAUGAAUUAGUGUACUCCUCCCAUCGUGCAGUGGCUCAAGCAGCUGGGGAGUUCUUGAAUGAGAGGUUGUUUGUGCCUGAUGAAGAGGCCGCUGGUGUGAAAACAAAAAGAGGCAAGAAACGUCUCCCCAAUACACCUCUUAUUCGAGAUCUGGUACAGUUCUUCAUUGAAUCUGAGUUGCAUGAACAUGGUGCAUAUUUGGUAGAUUCCCUCAUAGAAUCUAAUGAAAUGAUGAAGGAUUGGGAGUGCAUGACAGAUUUGCUUCUGGAGGAGCCUGGCCCAAAUGAGGAAGCAUUGGAUGAUCGUCAGGAAACUAGUCUAAUUGAAAUCAUGGUGUGCUGCAUCAGGCAAGCAGCAACAGGUGAACCUCCUGUGGGUCGAGGGCCCACCCGUAAAAUUUUGUCUGCUAAAGAAUUGAAACAAGUUCAAGAUGAUAAAACGCGACUUACUGAGCACUUCAUCCAGACUUUACCCCAGUUACUAGAUAAAUACAGAGCAGAUCCCGAGAAGUUGGCUAAUUUAUUGGCAAUACCUCAAUAUUUUGAAUUAGAUGUGUAUACUACGGCUCGUCAGGAAAUGUUUUUAGAUAGCCUUUUGAAAAAAAUUAAAACUAUUGUGGAGAAACAUCAUGACCAAGAUGUUUUGGAAACAUGUACAAAAACAUUAGAAGUUCUAUGUACAGAGGGAAAUGCUAUAUUUACUCGAUGUGAUGUUGCUCGUUCAACAUUAAUUGAUAUGAUAGUUAACAAAUACAAAGAAGCUAUGGAUGACUGGAGGACUUUAAUAGAAGGAGAAGAAACACCAGAUGAGGAUGAAACGUUCAAUGUUGUGUAUAGUUUAAAGAAAGUUUCCAUAUUUUAUAAUUGUCACAAUCUAGGCCCUUGGAGUAUUUGGGACUCAAUUUUCAAGGAUAUAGUUGAAGCAAAAGAGGGGAGCAAGUCACUCCCUGAAGAAGCAAUCAAGUACUGCAUUGCUGCUUGCUUCUUUAGUAUAAUGUGGGACCUGAGACAUUUGGAAGAAUUACAAGAAGGUGGUGGAGGUGGGGCCGAAGAAGCAGCCAAUCUUCGCAACAAACUUCAUCAGUUCAUGGACACCAUGAAGGAUAUGCUUCUAAAUGGACCGUGUCAAUUGUAUAAAGAAGAGGCAUACAUCACUGUUUGCGAUUUGCUGGUUGUAUUUUGUGAUCAGCUGGCAAGUAAUCCUGUUCUGGGAAAUUUGGUAUAUGAACCUGAUCGUGCUCUGCAACUUAUGCUGAUAGACUUCAUUGAAACCUUUGUGUUCGUAAUGGAGGAAGAUGUAUUCAAGUUUGAAGUUGCACUAAUAUGUGGGAGAAAUACCAUUUCAGAUGAACAGGAUGAACAUUCAAAGAUAGAAGAAUUACACAAGAGGCGUAAUUUUCUUGCUUCUUUUUGCAAAUUGGUUGUUUACAAUGUGAUUCCAACUAAGGCUGCUGCAGAUGUCUUCAAGCACUAUGUGAAGUACUAUAAUGACUAUGGUGAUAUCAUUAAAGCAACUUUGGGCAAAGCCCGGGAAAUAAACAAGACAAAUUGUGCCCGUACAAUGGCCCUUAGUUUAACAAUGUUGUUUAAGGAACUACCCCGUGAUGGAAUACGUAUUAACAGGCAGAGUGAAGAUUUCGUUAGUCUAAAGGAACUUGCCAAGCGUUUUGCGCUCUCCUUUGGUCUCGAUGCUGUUAAAAACAGAGAGGCCAUUACUGCCCUUCAUCGAGAAGGUAUUCUGUUUUCUGUGGAUCCUUUGGAAAAUGUUGAAGAUCCAACAGGUCCUCCUCCGAAUCUUCCCUUUUUAGAAAUAUUGGCCGAAUUUACUAACAAACUACUAAAGCAGGAUAAACGUGUUGUGUUGAAUUUCCUUGAUAGAAGGAUUGCAACUGGAAUGCCUUCUAGUCGUGGUGAAGAUUGGCAACCACUCCUCAUGUACCGUAAUAGUUUAGUUCAUGGAGAAACUGAUCAACCUUUGGUUACCUCUAAAAGAGCUUAUGGUCGUAAAAAGAAGGAGAACGCUGGAGCAGAGGAGGAAGAAGGUGUUGAGGAAGCUGAUGAAGUCAAUUCCGACCAAGAAUUUCCCCUUGGGUACUAAACUGUCAGUGUUUUCGCAUGAAGAAUAAAAAGUAUAUGAAGUUCAUACAAAGGCAGGCCAGCCAGUGCAAAGAGAUACUUAUGCUGGAGUGAAGUGUAAUAUAUUAUUCCGUAGAAGAAUGUGUUCAUAAAAUAGAAGCAAUGUUAUAAAAGAAGAAUGUUUUCUAAUCAUAGUAAAUUGAUACUUCUAGUUAGUAUUAAGAGUCCCACAAAAUAAGUUUGCCAGAAAACAAUAACUGGGACUCACUGCUGCAUUUACAUUUUCAUGCAUCCUCUACAUUGUGAGAAAAUAAAACUACAUUGUAAUGGAUUUCAAUAAAAGAUUUCAAAGGUAAACUUCAAUGUAAAAUGCA